AAGGCAUAUAAGUGAAAGGUAAGAGGGAUGAAAUAAGGGAGAAAUGCAAAUGAAUAAUGAAGCAACAUCUAAGCCUCUGUUGCCAUGCACGUAACAGUUGAUUCUUAUUCAUCGAAAUUUAUCAGAAGAAUAUGAGUCAUGCCAAACCCAAAUCCAACCUCGUCUCUUACUACUUCGCCCUUCUCCACUCUUCCCCCAACACCACCCACCUCCACCACCUCCACGCUCGCCUCCUCCGAACCUCUCUCUACGACAAUGUCAUUCUCAGCUCCAAGCUCCUUCUCAUGUAUUCCCAACUCGGAAAGCUCUCCCCACAUUCGCUCUCAGUCUUCCUUCACAUGCCUCAUAGAAACAUCUACUCCUGGAACAUCAUAAUCGGAGAGUUCUCCCGGUCCCAUCUCCCCCACAAAUCUAUUGAUUUGUUUCUCCAAAUGCGCCGUUUCAACCAACCACCUGACGUCUUCACUCUCCCCCUUGUUCUGAGGGCUUGUGCGGCCUCUGGAUCCGUGAAACUAGGCGUUUCGGUACAUGGGUUGUGUGUGGAGAUGGGCAUGGAGAAGAGUUUGUUUGUGGCUUCGGCAUUGGUCUUCAUGUACGUUACUUUUGGGAAGGUUUUGGACGCGAGGGUGUUGUUCGACGAAAUGCCCGAGAGGGAUGCAGUGCUGUGGACAGCAAUGUUGGCUGGCUACGCUCAGCAUGAGGAACCAAUGCUGGCUUUGUCAGUGUUCAGACAGAUGGUUAGUGCCGGGGUUGCCCUUGAUGGAGUGGUGAUGAUCAGCUUGCUUUUGGCGUGUGGCCAAUUAGGCUGGUUAAAGCAUGGAAAGAGCGUCCACGGAUGGAUCACAAGAAGGUGUUUAGCCUUAGGAUUAAACUUAGGAAACGCUCUCGUUGAUUUCUACGUAAAAUGCGCCGCAUUGGGCUACUCUCAUAACCUGUUUGACAAAAUGCCCGAAAGAGAUGUGAUUUCAUGGAGCUCGAUAAUUUUAGGCUACGGGUUGAGCGGAAACGUUGAUAUCGCCUUGGAUCUUUUUGAUCGGAUGCGUGUAGCAGGAGUAAAGCCCAAUGAUGUCACAUUUCUCGGGCCUUUAUCCGCCUGCACGCACACUGGAAUGGUGGAACGAGCGCACACAUAUUUUGAAAUGAUGAAGGAGUACGGGGUGGCACCAGAGUUGAAGCAUUAUGCUUGCAUGGUUGAUUGUCUAGGGCGAGCUGGAAUGUUGGAAGACGCAGAGAGGUUUAUUGAGGAAAUGCCGGUGGAAGCGGACGGGGCGGUGCUAGGGGCUCUGUUAGGGGGGUGUAGAGUUCAUGGUAACGCAGAGGUGGGAGAGCGGGUGGCGAAGAAACUGAUGGGGUUGGAGCCGGAGAAGGCAUCAAACUAUGUGAUGUUAGCAAACAUUUAUGCAGCGGCAGGCAGGUUUGAAGAUGCGGAAAAGGUGAGGCAGUUGAUGAAACAAAGGAAAUUGUCAAAGGUGCCUGGCUGCAGCUUGAUUUAAUCUAAAGGGUGUUCACUCCUCUUGCAACAGAGAGUUGGCUGAAGAAGGAAGGAAUUGGAUCAAGCAAUGUUGUGGGAUGGAACUUACAGUUGAAAUCUAGAUUGAAUCUGAAAAAUGAGGGAAAACUAAUAAAGGGGAGGAUAUAUUUUUUUAAUUUACA